AUGACCAAGAUUGAAAUUGGUGAUGGAAAUAUUAUGGAAAUGUCACGUAUAUCUAGUGAAGACGAGCUUGAAAGUUGCCUCGGUCUGCUUUGGGAUUGUCUAAUUGCAGAGGGAAGUCAAAAAAUGGUUGGAUUUGACCUUCAAUGGAGGCCAAAGGGAGAUGUAAAAGGAUUUUUGACGCCAGAAUUGUUGCAUUUGUUGUUGUGCACCGAUGUUACUUGUUUUGUUGUACACUCGAGGUUUCUUUCUAAUGCAAAUUUGAAGAAAUUUCUUGCUCAAAAGGAAAUAACUUUUGUUGGAAUUCAUAUUGCCAAAGACCUUGCUAAGCUAGAACAUGAUUAUGGAAUUGUAUUCAGAAAUGUGGUUGAUAUUAGUAAGCAUGCAGCUAAUGUUUUGAGGAGACCUAGGCUUAGAGCAGGUAGUGUAUCAGAAUUGGCUUAUGAAGUCAUCAAUCUCAAGCUGAAUGAGAAGCCAAUUGGUGCUGUAUAUGACCCCUUUUUUCCAUUUGGUAGUGGGAAGACGAUGGAGUAUGCAGCAAUUGAUGCUUAUGCUUCAUUCAAGAUUGGGAAGAAGUUACAUGGAAGACCAAUUCAAAGAGUUCAAUUGUUCAUUUUGACGACCGUCAUUUUCAUUUGGUUCAUGCUUCUUGUUCUUUUAUGUUUCUCAUUAGCUUCCUUCUGA